GUCCGAUUUUCACCCCCGGAUUAUCCCAUUGGCCUUUUGGUUCGAUAAGAAUUGGGCUUAUUAGUCCACCAAUAGGCUUGAAGUGUCAUAGCUUAGGGAUGGCAAUGGGUCGGGUUGGGGCGGGUUUUGUCAAACCCAAACUCGAAUUCAUGGGUUUAUCCGCCAAAAAAAUCGGGGGUAAAACCCGUUGGGUUUGAAAAACUCAAACCCAACCCAACCCGCUGGGUAUCUGUGGGUUCAUGGGUACUCGUGGGUUUUUCUAGUAAAAAAUUUACAAUAACAAGUUUCUUUCAAAAUAAAAGUUUAACAUCAAUUUUCACAUACAAAUUAAUCAUACAAAAAACACCAAUCUAGAGCAUACAAGCAAACCGCAAAUGAUCAAUACAAAUUGUUCAAAAUUAAAGAUAAACAUCUAUAAACAAUAAGAUUAAUUGAAAGUUUCUUCCUCGUCAACUAAGUUUCUUCAUUCUUCACUUCAUAAUAUCAACUUCAUUCUAAACAAUUAGAAAGAACAAAUUAUACAUGUCUCCACAAAUAUACAAACGUAAAGAAUAUUAGUUGUUUAAGGAAGAUAUAUUAUUUAGAAUAUUAAAUAUACCGGGAAAGUAAUUAUAUGUGUGUGGACAGGUACCCAUGAGGCGGGUUUACCUAAACCCAAACCCAACCCGACCCAGUAAAUAGUAUAGUGUGUCUAAACCCGAACCCGGCCCAAAACCCGUCAACACGGGUUUUACCCGCGUUGACCGAGUCGGGUCGGGUGGGUACCCGUGUGUUCGGAUUUUGUUGCCAUCCCUAUAGCUUACUUUCCCACUUCCCAGUCCGUUGCCGAAUCGGAUUUUAGAUUGUAGAAUUUUUUUUUUUUUAAAUGUCUAGAUUGUAGAAUUUGGAGCCCUAAUUCUGACAGAAAGAGCGUCUCCUUCGUUUCAAUUUCCCAAUUUUUACAAGUGGCGUUGCAGCUUGCUAGCAGAGCAGCAGCCCCAAAAGUCGCUGCCUGGAAGCAGGCUUCGGCGGAGUAAGGAGAUAAAGGAGGAUUUCUAGCGAUUCGGUGGGUUUUCGUUUAGAAAAGGGCACGGAGAUGGCGAAGCGCGAGAUAUCUAGCACUCUCAAGAACUUGAAGUUCAUGCAAAGGGGAGCCCCUAAAGAAGUGAAACCCGAGAAACAAGAAGAGGUUCAACCGAAUGGUAAUUUCGUCUCACCUGGAGGUAUUAGAAAGUGUGUGGUGAUAAUGGAAGGCGAUCCCCAUCCUGCUGCAGCUAUAGGCCGGAUGUCAUUCGGAAGUUUCAAUCUUUCUGUUGAUAAACUCAAUGAAGAGACAGCAAACCUUGCAUCUCGAGAACCAGCAUCAUCAUCGGGUGGUCAUACAACAGCAAAUGCAUCUCUAAGUAGAGAAAAUGGGUUGUCACCAGAAGUUGCAGAAUGCUCUGACACGGCCAUGCCCGAUUCUCAUGGAAGUGGAGACCAGAAACGAAAACAGCCUGAUGCAGUUUCUGAAACAGAAAACUCCAUCAACACAGUGGCAGAAGCCGUUGAUGGUGGAGAACAGUCAAGAAGAAAGAAGAGCAAGAACGCUUCUUUCCGGCAGAAGGGCCAAAAGCUGGACUUCACCGUUCUGAGAGCAAAGACUGAAAAUAAGCAUGGUCCAUGAAACCGUACCGGGAAAGUCAACGUUAGGGUAUUUUAUGGUAAAACCGUGGUUUAAUCGUAGUUCAACCGUUAUACCGGUAAAUACCGCAUAUCGAUUUAGCCUCCGAUACUAGUAUUUCGUGGUUGAACCGCCGGUAUGGUACGGUUUAAUGGACACCGAAAAUAAGUGAAGAUGAAUCCU